ACCUACAAAUUUAUUCAUGGGUCCAGUCAACUAGAAAAUAACAAAAAUCUAAUCGUACUUCUAUUUAGAGGCAAACAACUAUAAGACACUUGUAAUUUGAUUAAUUUGACCCAAAAAAAAAAAAAAAAAAAAAAAAAACUAAUUUUGGGCUAAUUGAAGGAGGAUGUAAUUCAAUUGAAUCUCCUUAACUCUCGUAACUCAGAACAAUUUUUACUAAAAUUCAAAAAUCAGGAACCUUUGACGACACAAUUUCCUCAACGUGCACGACAUUUCUGUCAUUCACUCAUUCUUAAUCAAUUCCCGGUUUUAUUUAUUUUCUCUCUUUAAUCUCCGAUCACCACCUUUCUUCUCCGUGAAGUGGGGUAUAAUUGGCAAUGAUGGGGAAAGUAGAUGCUGGACACAAACUACAUGGUAGAAUGAGGCUUUGGGAAUUUCCAGAUGAGUAUGUUGUUGAACCCACUGAUGGCACCGGUGGCUCUUUUUUGUCGGUCAGCCGAGUCGACGGAUCCAUGAAGCUUCUUGAUGAACUCCCCCAAUGUAGCGCUGUGCACGUACCAAAAAUUCAGUCGAUUUAUGGUGUGAUGGGCAUGUUAAAGCUCUUGGCAGGGCUAUAUUUAUUUGUGAUAACUGAACGUGAAUGUGUUGGAUCUUACCUGGGCCAUCCUAUCUAUAAAGUUUCAUCCAUGAAGAUAUUGCCUUGUGACCAUUCUCUUAAAAGUUCCCCUGCAGAGCAGGCUGACCAACUUUGGCAGAAAAGUAAGGAGACAGAAUUUUCCUCACUGUUAAAUGCUGCAGAGAAGACUCCGGGAUUGUAUUUCUCUUAUGAUGUCAAUUUAACACUAAGUAUGCAGAGAUUGCAUGACUUAGGCGAUGAAGCAAAGACACUCCCUCUUUGGAGACAGGCAGACCCAAGAUAUUGCUGGAACAACUACAUGAUGGAAAUUCUUAUUGAUAACAAGCUUGAUCCAUACUUGCUUCCCAUUCUGCAAGGAACUUUCCAUAAUUUCCAAACUGCUAUAGGAAAAGAUACUAUUGAUGUUACGUUGGUUGCUCGCAGAUGUACCAGGAGAACUGGUACACGAAUGUGGAGAAGAGGAGCUAAUUCUGAUGGAUAUGUUGCAAAUUUUGUUGAAACUGAGCAAAUUGUGCAAAUAAAUGGCUGUACAGCAUCUUUUGUGCAGGUUCGUGGGUCAAUGCCAUUCGAGUGGGAGCAAGUUGUUAAUCUGAAAUAUAAACCAAAAUUCGAAGUCGUGAAUCCAGAGAAAGCACCACAAGUUGCUGAAAGGCAUUUUCUGGACUUGAGAAGACGAUAUGGUGCUGUGCUAGCUGUUGAUCUUGUCAAUAAGACUGGUGGUGAGGGCCAAUUGUGUGAGAUGUAUGGGAAUGCAAUGCAGCAGAUUGCAAAUGAGGAAAUAAGAUAUUUGCACUUUGAUUUCCAUAGGAUAUGUGGACACAUGCAUUUUGAGAGACUUUCACGUCUGUAUGAUCAAAUUUCAGAAUUUUUGAACAAAAAUAGAUAUCUCCUGCUGAAUGAAAAAGGAGAAAAAAUCGAGGAGCAAAGUGGUGUUGUGAGAAGUAAUUGUAUUGAUUGCUUGGAUCGCACUAAUGUCACACAGAGCAUGAUAGGGCGAAAAAUGUUGGAAAUGCAACUAAGGCGAAUUGGUGUUUUUGGUGCUGAAGAGACCAUUAGCUCACAUCCUAAAUUUGAUGAGAAUUUUAAAAUAUUGUGGGCAAAUCAUGGGGAUAAUGUAAGCAUCCAGUAUUCUGGCACUCCUGCUCUGAAAGGGGAUUACGUCAGAUAUGGCAAACGAACGUUUGAAGGUAUACUUAAUGAUGGGUGGAAUGCACUUUCUAGAUAUUAUCUGAACAACUUUUGUGAUGGAACAAAACAGGAUGCCAUUGAUAUGGUGCAUGGACACUUCAUUGCUUCUGUGAGCCGAGAUAUGACUGCACAACCUCAAAAAGGAGGCCUUGAGGCUUUUGCUUCUCUUCCUUUAGCUUUUUCCUUGUUCUUGGCUGGGAUCAUUUUCGCAUUCAUGUCUCUGAAGCAAGCUCGGUUAGAGUGGCGACACCUAUUCUUUUCGCUUAUGUGGGCAAGCUUAAGUAUUGCUAUAGCUAUAUUUGUGAGAGCCAAUGGCCGGAUGUUUUGCAAUCGACCCAGCCUGUCAAAGCCUCGACGCUGAUUAUAAUUUAAUAAUCUUCAGAUGGAGUGAUACAUGUGGAAGUUAGUGGUUGGCUGCUCUGUUUUUUGUCGUUGAGUCUUAUUUGACCUUUGAGUUUCUCAUUCCUAUUUGUUGAUUUCUUGUUCAAUUUCUAUUUGACCUGGGCUUUUCUGAUGGGCAGGUCUCUAAUUUGCCUUUUAGUAUUACAGAAGUUUAGGUGAGCCAACAAGUGCUCUUCUUUAUAAUAACUUACUGAUAUCUUUCCCAAAUAGUAUGAGUAGAGGGAAGAGUAUUAUUAUCCGAAGUUGAUAGUUCACACGAACCCCUUGAACUUUAUUUCUUUUUCGGCUGGUUAGUGUAUCUUAACCCUUGAGGGUAUAUAAUGAUAUAUAUUGAACUUAAUCAAGUCUGCUGCAUCUUUGUACAUAUAAAGCUGUCCUUCAACGACAGUGCAACGAUAUGCUACAGCCUAUGCUGAACAAAGUAUAUCUUGUGAUUCUGGUUCACAGUGAGAAUGUACUGAUAAAUGUUUGUUUAGGAUAAUGUGCUUGAAUAAUUGUCUGUCUGACCAUUAUUUGAGCCGUCAGUUAUUUUCUAGUUUGAUAAGAACAGGCGUUGUACUUUUGUGGAUUGGAUUAAAACUAACAUCCAAAAUUUAGCUGUCACAGCAAAUUUGUAUAAUCUGAAAGAUUUGGUCAUGUACCCUUAAAGUAACUCUCGAGUUCCUGAUUCAUCUUAAUUAAGCUAAACUCUCUUAUUUUAA